CCGGCGCGUUUCCAUCUCGGGGCGAUGACGUAGCUGCGUACAGUCAACAGACGCGCGGUCGGUCCGGACCGGAGCUACACCGGGCCACGGUUUUUCUCUUUCCCCCGCUGCCCGCGCGUUUUAGCGAUCUGUUUAACGUCGCUCACACGAGGCGGCCGGAGUAGAGUGUUUAGACGCAGCAGACGAGGCGUUUGUGGCGGUGUUUGUGCCCGAGAGAGCGCUCCGGAGCGCGGCGCCUGUGUUUAUCUGUGUUCACUGCGACACGGAAAGUGACAGAGCAGGAUUCCUCGUCUGGACAGCUUUAAACACUUCUGGAGCCUUGAACAUGCUGUUGCACUUUACUUCUUUGGCUUACAGAGUCAGUUUUAGUACUUUAGUCGUCUUGCUGUAGGAGAGCAGGAGGCCUAAUCAUCUUCAUCAUCUUCAUCUUCAUCUUCAUCCCACGCCUGGUGUUUAUAAUCUAAUGUUUCAGAUUUAAAUGCAUCUGUCAGUGCUUAACUUAUUCUUAUACACACGCUGAGAGGAUAGUAACAGUAUUAAUGGUGGACAGGGACCUUAAGAGCACAGUGUUGAGCUAUUCUGUCUUAAAGCGGAUUAAACUGAUUCAGAUUGACUUUGAAAGAUGUUGUAGGUGUUUACAACUUUGUUAGGAUUGCUGAAGAAAAUAAUCAAGACACAGGAUAGAGUUAAAUGCUUUAUGCAACCCUCUAAAUCAAUACCAGCGACCGUAUGAAUUGAGUGAGGUUGUUUACAGCUGUGAUGUGAGAUUUGAGUAUGCGAUGCACUUAUUAAGGAGAUAUUGAACUGGGUUUGAGAGGCUGAACUGUUUUGUAGGUGAUUGAGGGAACUUCUGUUGGUUUUGGCAGGCAGCGGCGUGUGCUCCAGCUCCCUGGAAAUGAGAAGAUGGAUUGCGAGGAACAAGCUGUAGAUUUGUGCAGUGCUAUAGAUUUGUGCAAUGCGCCUGACAACACUAUAUCACACGCCGUGGACGAGAUCCUUCCCCGAGGCGGCCUCCUGCUGACGGAUGGAGAUCUGGGGGAACGGGACGCUACCGUCCUGACCAGGCUAAAAGACGUCCAUCCCGAGGAUGAUGGCUCCUCUGAGCUCAAAGCACCGCAUGGUCAAAACAACGGGUCUGUUGCGGGGUCAGCCGACCCUGUUAACGGUUCUGCCGGGGAUUUGCAGCAGAAUGCAAGCAAGUUUGAGGAGCCACCGGUUGGAGAUGGCGGGGAUGGCGAGAUGGAUAUCGGUGUGGAUUUAAGUCUGGAUGAGAAUGACGUUUUGGAGUUCGAGCCAACGGCCCAGACUCGAAAUGAGGAAAGCGCCUCUCAUUGUGAAAACUCCUUAACAUCAGAAACGUUCACAGAACUGCAUUCACAGCAGCCUCCGGAAGAACGUGGUGAGGAUGCGUCCUCAGAAACCACGUCAGCGGCUGCAACACCAGGCAGUGGAGCUGGGAGUAAGCACGGGGCCAAAAGGGUGACCUUUCCAUCAGACGAAGACAUCGUCUCGGGUGCGGUUGAGCCGAAGGACCCUUGGAGACACGCCCAGAAUGUGACGGUGGAGGAGAUUCUGAAUGCCUACAGACAAGCAUGCCAGAAGCUCAACUGCAAACCAAUCCCUAAAGUGCUCAAGCAGAUACAGGACUUAAAAGACCUGACACAGCGAAACGAGUGCCUAGAACUCAAAGGCGAGAAGCUGGAUUAUAAAUCAUGUGAAUCUCUGGAGGAGAUCUUUAAGAGGGUGCAGUUUAAAGUGCUGGAUCUGGAACAGACAAACUUAGACGAGGAUGGAGCAUCAGCUUUGUUCGAUAUGAUCGAGUACUAUGAAUCCGCCACUCAUCUCAACAUCUCCAGCAACAAGCACAUCGGCACACGCGGCUGGCAGGCCGCCGCGCACAUGAUGAGGAAGACGAGCUCUCUGCAGUAUCUGGACGCCCGUAACUCGCCGCUGCUGGAUCAUUCAGCUCCGUUCGUGGCCAGAGCUCUGCGGAUCAGCGGCAGUCUCACCAUCCUGCACCUGGAGAACGCCGGCAUCUCAGGACGACCGCUGAUGCUGCUGGCCACAGCACUAAAGAUGAACAUGAACCUCAGAGAGCUGUAUUUGGCCGAAAACAAGCUGAGCGGUCUGCAGGACUCGGCCCAGUUGGGGAAUCUGCUGAAGUUCAACUACAACAUCCAGAUUCUGGACCUGAGAAACAAUCACAUACUGGACUCAGGGUUGGCGUAUAUAUGUGAGGGUCUGAAGGAGCAGAGGAAGGGUUUGGUCACUCUGGUGCUCUGGAACAACCAGCUCACGCACAAUGGCAUGGGAUACCUGGCUGCCGCUUUGCCGUUCACUCAGAGCUUGGAAACACUGAACCUGGGCCACAACGCAGUGGGGAACGAAGGAGUGCACAAACUAAAAGACGGACUCAUAGCAAACCGGUCCAUCCUCAGGCUGGGUCUGGCCUCCACCAAACUCUCCUGUGAAGGAGCGGUCGCUAUCGCUGAAUUCAUCGCUGAGAGUCCGAGGAUCCUCCGGCUGGACAUGCGGGAGAAUGAAAUCAAGACCGGAGGCCUCAUGGCUCUCUCGCUCGCCUUUAAGGUCAACUCGUCGCUGCUCCGACUCGACCUGGACCGAGAGCCCAAGAAAGAGACGGUGAAGUGUUUCAUUGAGACACAGCGUGCCCUGCUUUCAGACAUUCAGAACGGCUGCAAGAGGAACUUCAUCCUGGCCAAAGAGAAGGAAGAGACGGAACAGAAGAUGAGGCAGUCGAUUUCAAUAGCCGAAAUCGCCAUGGAGGACCAAACUCAAGAGGAUGAAGAUGCAUCUGCUGAGAAAAGCGAGGAAGAAAACACCACCGAUGAGGGCAGUGCAUCUGAGAGCCAAGAGGUCGACGAUCAAAACCCGACACUACAAGACGACUCUGACUCGGACACGGAGGAUGAGGAUGCAGCCGAUGAGCCGAAAACUCCUGCGAACACCACAUCUCCCAUAGCGAUUCCUGCAAUAAACGCCUGUAAGGCCGUGCCCUCGAUGCCUCCUCUACCAGGAUCUCCAGCGGUAAUUACAGUGACCGAAGCUAGCGCUGUCCCAAGAGCCCCACCAUCUCCUGGCCGCUGCUUUUCGGUGUCUAGUCCCGGCAGAGGACACAAAAUCUUUAUGGUAACACGUGUGGAAAGCCCUCCGGAGCAACAACAGACGACUGUAUUGGCGAAAGGUGUCAGCGAGGGGGCGUCACAGAGCCAAACAUGCACACAGACUAAUAUAAAAGCACCUUUUGAUGCACGUUCACAACCGCUUGAGCAGAAACCAACAGCAUCUGAGCUCAGCACGUUAACAUCACGUGCAGAAACAACACCAGCACCUGUUGAACUGCUCAACACGUCUAUGUCUUCACUUGCGGAUAAGCAGGAGAACCUGAAGGAGUCACAGACAGAAAUCGCACAGGAUCCUGCUACGCCAUUUGAAAGCCUGAAGGACGCCGUCCUUGUCGAUCAGACUCACUUAAAGCAACAGUUGACUGUAAAUACAAACACAAAAAAAACGCAAGAGACGCAAAAUGUAAGCGAGAAGGACCAGACGUUCUGUCCUCACACCGAGCAGAAACAGAAGUCCAGUUCCAUCCAAACAGAGCCAUCAGUUUCAGGACAAUCCCAGGAUGAGACGCUAAGCCCAAAAGCCGAACCAUGUCCAGAACAGCUGCAGGAAGUUGAUAACGGAGAGAAACAAGUGCAAUCUAGUGAACAGCAACGGGCCGCUCAGCUGCAGCCUUCACUGGAGGUCACAGCAGGUCACGAAGCCCUCGAUGAGGAGGAAGACUGCAGUGCUCGAGUGGGAUCUCCUGACGUGAGCUCCACGGAAGAAGACAAAGGUCAUCCUGCUGGGAGCAUGGGAGCAACGCUGCCCAACGGGCUGAAGCCAGAAUUUGCCUUUCACCUUCUCGAACCCAAGGGACCCAAACCAGCCAGCUGCAUUAUGGAGCAUGGUGAGUUACGCUGGAUUACCUCAUAUUCAACUCCAUCAUUCCACAAUAUUGGAGCACAUUUAUUUGGAUUAAUUUACAUUGUUCCUAAAAACCUGUUCACACCAAUUCUGAUACGACUAAAUGACAUAAUAAAAUAUUCCCAUUAGGGCUGUCAUGAUUCCUUGAUUAAAUAUGAGCACUCGAUUAUAAAUAAUCCUCGAUUGCAUUUUGCAUGUGUCGAUUAACCGGCAAAAUAAUGGAAGUGGCGCAUUCCAUGGACGAGAGUCCAUGAAAAGCAUUAUUAGCAUGACCGAAAUCAUAAAUAAAGCAUAGUGCUAUUGUGAAUUUACAAAGGCUGCGAUUCAAUUAAAUAGGCUAAAUAUAUGCGCUGCGGGUUUAAAAUGCGCUUUAUUUCUAUGCGUGCUGGUUACGUGCAUCUCAGAUCGGCUCCGUUCACAGUAAAUGCUGCUCCACACAACCAUUUAUUUCUGCAUAUGCUGUGAUAUGUUCAUAUGUUCAUCUUGGAACAAUGUGCACCAUUCUAUCAGAGUUAUAAGGUAAAUCAUUUAUAAACCUACGCCAGCACAGGAUAAUACACUGUUAUCUUUCUAAAUAUGCGAACUGUUCAUUGCGACUUCAAAAUAAAAGAUUAAACCCUCGCUCUGAGUUUGAUGUCCUGCAUGCUUUGAUGUCCACACAUUCUUGUUCAAGAAAUGACAGCGGCUGUAGUAUUUCUAUCAUAAAGAAGUGGCCAAAUAUUAAAGAUUGUGGACAUUUGAAUUAAAAGUUUAGUCAAUAUUAAACAAAAAUUAGAUUGCACUGUAAAGUGUAAAAUCAGGCUGUUGGCGCCUCUGCAGGCAUUUGAUAUAGUACAUAAUGUACAUAAGUUAUGAUUAGAUUGUUUUAUUUCACUAUGUAUUUUAGG